AGGAAAAACAAGCAAAGCCGAACUCCUCCACCUAAAGAUGCAAAGUUUGAGGAAAAGGUCAAAUAUCUUCAAGCAAAGAAGCUAGUGAGUGAGCUCAAAAAGAGAGAAAAGAAGGGGGAGGGUGUUGGCACGAUGGAGGUUUUACCAACAUCGGAUCAACAAGAUUCUUCUAACUCCAAAGAUGGUGGUUCUACCGCUCCUAGUAUUGAGGUUGAAAGCUUACCUCCUAAUGAUACUACUAUGGCCGAGGUGUCCUUGGCUAUUUCUAAUGCAAAGAGUGGUGAUGCCUCAAACAAUGAGCCAUCUCUUGCACCCCAUGCAAUGGGGGGAGCUGGUUCCUUUGCGGAGGCACUCUUGGGGAUUUCAUCUUCUACAAAUGUAGGUGUAACAAAGGAGAGUAUUCCAAGCAAGGUUCAAACUACAUCUAUGGAAGUGUCGGAUUACAACAAAGUGAUUAUUCAGGAUGAAGACGAGUCCAUCUCACUUGGCUCACAUGACACCGAACCCAGCAAGCGAGACCAAGAGGAGGAAAAAGGGGAGGGAGGAAAGCAAUGGUCCUCCCUAUUCCAUAAUAACCGAGCUCCUUCUUCCGGAUUAAAGCUUGAAUACUUUCCACCCACCGGUGAAAAGUUGGAUUUUUCUCACUUAAAAGUUCCUACUCUCAUUGAAGUGUGGGGCUAUUGCUUGGUGGGUCACUUUUCGGGAAGGUUUCCAGGACUUAAAGCCAUAUAUGCCAUGACCAAAGCAUGGGAGGUGGAGGUACAAGUCAAAACACAUGGCAAGGGUUGGGUCAUAUUCAAGUUUCUAUGCGAGGGUGACCGAACCAAGGUACUAACCGAAGGGCCAUAUAUCCUAUAUGGCAAGACUAUGUUCCUUAAAGAAUUAUCGGAAGACUUCUCUACAAAUAGUGACGAGUUCCUCAAAGUGCCAACAUGGGUGAAAUUUCCUAGGCUUUCUAUGCGUUUGUGGCAAGCAAAUGAGAUUGGGAGGAUUGCCUCUAUGGUGGGUGUCCCUAUUACGACCGAUAAAGUUACUCAAGACAAAACCUACACUAGUUUUGCUAGAGUACUAAUUGAAAUUGAUGCUUCCAAGCCACCGACCCUCCAAUUUCCAAUUAUCCUCCCCUCAGGCAAAGAGUAUGUGCAAACAGUCCUAUACGAGACCUACCCUAAUUUUUGUUGUCAUUGCAAAAAAUUUGGGCAUCACUUCUUCGUGUGUAAGGUUCUCAACCCGCCAAAGGGAAAGGUAAUUGAGGAGGUUUCGACCAAGGGAAAAACAGUGGGGGUAACAACGGAGAAGGAGGAGAACUUCCAGGUGGUCACUUACAAAAAGAAGCAACCUAACGCUCCUUUACAAGGCAGGUUACAAACUGCCUAUAAGCUGCCGGUCUUCCCGUUUGUCCCCAAAAAUGUUGAAAACGUUUGGGGCAAAAAGCAUGUUGUUGAUAAAGAUUGGGAUGGACGUCAAGUUUCUAGCGUACAUGAGAUGGAAGUUGAUGAUAUAGUUACAAAAUUUGUAACUAAAGAAGACGGAUUGCACUUGGCGUUUGUUAAGAAGAGGCACCAAAUUGAGAGCCAUGCUUCCAUUGUUAGUAUCGGGAGAGACCUUCAUAGGGAGCCUCGCAUGGAUAAACCGGCUAUUUGCUUCACGGACUCUUGUCUUGUAUCACUUCCCGGAGUCAAACGUGCAAGGAGAUGGUACGCAUUUAAUAAAGAAAUUUUUAUUCUUAAUGUUGCUUGUUUUUUUGAUGUCAAUGUGAGGCACAACAAGGAUUUCUUGCAAGCUAAAAAACUGCCCACGGAGAGUAUUAUCCCCUCCAUGGCUUUGCAAUCAAGAGGAGAAGGUGCGAGUUCCUCCAAAUUGCCGGCACCAUAUACGAAGGCAGCACUUUUGGAUCCUUUAACCGGGGAGAAAGUCGCUCAACAAGUUGAAAAUCCGGAGGGACGAAGAGUUCGCAACAUGCACGACAUGUUUGAGGAUGAUGUAGUCACCAACAUGCUCAAGGAUGAAAACGGGAAAAGGGUGAUCUUCGUUAAACCCUUAGAUGAUAUUGCACAUGAUGUAAAAGUAGUGAAAGUGGGGCCUAGUCUUGAGUGGGUACCAUGUGAUGAACCGGGGGUCUUCUUUACCGAGCCGUGCUUGAUCUCAUUCCUAACGGUUAAGAAGAACAAAGAUUGGUAUGACUUUGAUACUUUGCUUUUCACUAACGAUGUGUUUGAUUUUUUUGAUGCCAACACUAGUUGGAACAAAAAAUACUUGAAAGAAAAGCAAAGAAGGAAGAGGAAGGCCGAGCGUGAGAAGGAGAAAGGGCAAAUUCAACCCGGGGAUGAUGGCUACACCUCGGAUUUCUAUCUCACUUGAUGAUUACACAGAAAUGGAGUCAAUUUAUUGAUGGCACGGCUCAGUUUUCAAUUGUGAGGAAACUAAAGUUGCUCAAAAGGCCGCUAAAGAACCUCAACGCAGUGGAAUUUGGGCAUAUAUCAAUGAAGGCAAAGAGAGCAAAGGAAGAAUUCAAAAGGUUGAAUAAAUUAUUGCUAGUCUCGCCUCUUGAUGAUGAUUUAAAAUUGCAAGUGGGGGCUGCUAGGAAAAAGGCUACCUUUUUGGGGGAGGCCGAAUCAUGCUUCUACCAACAAAAAGCAAAGGCCACACACAUCCUUGAGGCAGACAAAGGCACAAGAUACUUCCAUGCCAUCGUGAAGAGGAAUGCUACAAGGAACGCCAUUUCUUCCAUAGUUUUGGAGGACGGUAGCCUUACUACUUCCUUAGAUCAGGUUGGGGAUGAAUUUGUAAAAUUUUUUGUGAAUUUAUUUGGUACUAGCGAGAUAAACCUACCCCUUGACCCGUUGGUUUUAGGAACCGGCCCCUUGAUUGAACCAAGUGUUCAUGAUAGCCUUCUUACUCCGGUAACAAACAAGGAAAUUAAAGAUGCUUUGUUUGAUAUUGGGGAUGACAAGGCACCGGGGCCGGAUGGGUUUACCUCGGCCUUCUUUAAGGCAAAUUGGAGUUUUAUUGGGGAUGACAUAAUCCAAGCGAUUAAGGAGUUUUUUCGGACGGGUAAGUUGCUCAAACAGAUCAAUCAUACUGUUAUAGCACUUAUCCCUAAGACUAAUCACUCCCCGAAAGUGUCGAACUAUAGACCUAUUUCAUGCACGAAUGUAUUAUAUAAAAUUAUCACAAAAAUUAUUGCGGCUCGAUUAACCCCGUGUCUUUCGGGACUGGUUAAUCAAGCCCAAGGAGCUUUCGUAGAUGGCCGCCUAAUGUUUGAUAACAUUUUCCUAGCCCAGGAAGUUGUUAGAGGAUACAAUAGGAAGCGAAUCUCACCGAGAUGUAUGAUUAAGGUAGAUUUGCGCAAGGCCUACGACACGAUUUCCUGGGAUUUCUUGGACAAAGUCUUGAGGGGCAUGGGCUUCCCCGAUAAAUUUAUUGCAUGGAUUAUGGAGUGUGUGUCCAAUGUCUACUUCUCGGUUUCUUUAAACGGAUCGCUUUACGGAUUCUUCAAAGACAAACGUGGAAUUAGGCAAGGGAUGUCCAAUGUCCCCUUUGCUUUUUGUUUUGUGCCUUGAAUAUUUCUCCCGGUUACUCACCGUGAGAACCAAAGGGGGGAAUUUUAAUUACCACCCGCAAUGCUCCACGUUGGGCAUCACCCAUUUGGCAUAUGCCGAUGACCUUAUGCUAUUCUCGAGAGGUGACACAUUUUCCAUUGAAAUAUUGGUCAACGCUCUCAAAGAGUUUGGCGAGGCAUCCGGUCUAAGGGUUAACCACGAAAAAUCGAAUAUUUUUUUGGGAGGGGUGAAGGAGCUAGAACUACAAAACAUUUUAAACAUUGUCGACUAUGGGCAAGGAAUAUUCCCGGUAAGAUACCUUGGAAUACCACUUGCCCCGCUAAAGGUAUCGGUUGCACAAUAUGCUCCCCUAAUCGACAUGGUCAAAGAUUUCCUAAAUGCGUGGAAUACGAAAACACUAUCCUAUGCUGGAAAAAUUGAGCUAAUCCGAUCGGUGAUCCAAGGGGUCCAAUCGUUUUGGCUCCAAAUCUUCCCGGUUCCGCAAACCAUAUUGGAUAGGAUAGUGUCCAUUUGUAGAAUGUUUUUGUGGGGUGGAAAGUUUGCGAAGGUGGCUUGGGAUGACAUAUGUCUUCCAAAAGAGGAAGGGGGUCUUGGCAUCCAUAAUGCCCGUACUUGGAACCAUAGCCUCCUUUCUCGCACUCUUUGGGACGUACACAAAAAGAAAGAUACCCUUUGGGUUCGUUGGGUUAAUGGUGUAUACCUUAAGGGUAGAAGUGUGUGGGAUUUUGUCCCACACGGCCGAGACUCACAACUCAUGAAGAGGUUAAGUCAAAUACGGGACAAAAUACGAGGAUGCUUUAAUAAUUUAAAUGAAACCAUUAUGGGCCUUAACGCUAGGAGUAGGGUUGGACUCGGGCCGGGUCGGGCCCGGGCCGGGCCUAGGCCUGGUCGGGCCGGCGGUUCUAUAUAGUUGGACCCGGGACCGGCCCGGGUAGCCACCGGGUCCGGUCCGGGUCCGGGCCGGGCCGGGCCUCGGGUUUGGUUACUUUUUUUUUUUUUGCUUAGC